AUGUGUACCAAAUUUGAAACUCAUUGCAAUGAAAUAGAUGGCAAAGGAAUUCUCAAUUUUACAGAAGCCAAAAAACUUUGUAUUGUUAUAGUACGUUGUUUAGAAAAACUAAGUGAUGAUAAUUCCCCCCAACAUAAUGAUUACUGCAGUUAUUUAUGUUAUUGGCUCUAUGAAAAAAUAGAUGAAAAUAAUAUGGACAAAUCUGCAAAUGUUAAUGAUGUGCCUAUUUUCAAAUAUCUUAUUGAAGCAUGGAGGAAGAUGAAUAAGGAAAAAUUAAAAUAUAAAUGUAAUCCGGAAAAUAUAAAUGAUGUUAAAUUAAAUGAAUUAAAAAAUAGGAAACUUGCGUACUUUUUUUUAAAAAUCUCGAAAAUAUUAAAUAAAUUAUUACUCCCAAAAAUGUGGCUAUGCGCACUAAAUUAUUUUUCCUGUAAUCUCAGUUAUAAACUGAUGUCUCUCAUGUGUGAAUUAGAAAAAUGCAAAAGUGCAGAAAAAUCAACUCUUACAACAAUACACCUUGAUACCAAAAGUGAUAAAGGCGAAGGAGGUCGAGAAGCCCCAGAGCAUAAAAAUAUUCCGAAGAGCUCCAGAAAGUUCAGUGACUUAAAGAAGUGCAUCAAGUGUAUCAAGUGCAUCAAGUGUAUCAAGUGCAUCAAGUGUAUCAAGUGCAUCAAGUGUAAGAGGUUCGACGGUUACAAUAACCACAAAUACACCAAAGGCAUCAGGUUCAAUAAGAUAAGCAUGUCAAGUAAGAUUAAAAGGUCCAUUGACUGCAGCAGCAGCCGUAUCUGGAAAAUCAUUGAAUCCCCCGCAGCAAGGAAGCCCUGGGUACGCUCUUCGCACAGUAUCAUCAUAUAA